CCGAGCUGCACAGGCCGUGCCGUCCUUCUUCUCUGGUGGAGCCGCCGCGCCCGCGGGGCAGACCAGACCGCAGCCAUGAACGGCACGGAAGGCCCCAACUUCUACGUGCCCUUCUCCAACGCCACGGGCGUGGUGCGCAGCCCCUUCGAGUACCCGCAGUACUACCUGGCCGAGCCCUGGCAGUUCUCCAUGCUGGCCGCCUACAUGUUCCUGCUCAUCGUGCUGGGCUUCCCCAUCAACUUCCUCACGCUCUACGUCACCGUGCAGCACAAGAAGCUGCGCACGCCGCUCAACUACAUCCUGCUCAACCUGGCCGUGGCCGACCUCUUCAUGGUCUUCGGCGGCUUCACUACCACGCUCUACACCUCCCUGCAUGGAUACUUCGUCUUCGGGCCCACAGGCUGCAACAUGGAGGGCUUCUCUGCCACCCUGGGCGGUGAGAUCGCCCUGUGGUCCCUGGUGGUGCUGGCCAUCGAGCGUUACGUGGUCGUGUGCAAGCCCAUGAGCAACUUCCGCUUCGGAGAGAACCACGCCAUCAUGGGCGUCGUCUUCACCUGGGUCAUGGCGCUGGCCUGCGCCGCACCGCCCCUUGCUGGCUGGUCCAGGUACAUCCCUGAGGGCAUGCAGUGCUCGUGCGGGAUUGACUACUACACGCUCUCGCCUGAGGUGAACAACGAGUCCUUCGUCAUCUACAUGUUCGUGGUCCACUUCACUAUCCCCAUGAUCGUCAUCUUCUUCUGCUAUGGGCAGCUGGUCUUCACCGUCAAGGAGGCAGCUGCGCAGCAGCAGGAGUCAGCCACCACCCAGAAGGCAGAGAAGGAAGUCACCCGCAUGGUGAUCAUCAUGGUCAUCGCCUUCCUGAUCUGCUGGGUGCCCUACGCCAGCGUGGCCAUGUACAUCUUCACUCACCAGGGCUCCAACUUUGGCCCCAUCUUCAUGACCAUCCCGGCGUUCUUCGCCAAGAGCUCCUCCAUCUACAACCCCGUCAUCUACAUCAUGAUGAACAAGCAGUUCCGGAACUGCAUGCUCACCACCAUCUGCUGUGGCAAGAACCCGCUGGGUGACGAUGAAGCCUCCACCACCGCCUCCAAGACUGAGACCAGCCAGGUGGCCCCGGCCUAAGCCCAGCUGGGACCCCUGCAGCCAACUGUAGGACUCCCCACCCCCACAGUCACCCCACCAAGAGCACACCUGCCACAGGGUGGCCAUGCAUGCCCCUGACUUUGUUUCUUUUUAAAUAAUCAAUGAGAGAAAAAUGAGGCUCCCCACUCUGCGGGCACAGCCUGAGAAAGGAUACCCACACAGUCCCCUGAUCUGGAGUCCCCCAGCUCCCAGGGGUCUGUACCCCACCCCCCAGCUUGUCUUGGGAACGCAAGAACUCUUGCUCUCUGGAAAAGUGCCCCACUUAGGGCUAAGCUUCUAGCACACAAUGGGCACACAGUAGGUGCUUAAUAAAUGCUAGCUGGAUGAAGGAAUGGGUGAAGGAUGAACGGAGGAACGCAUGAAGGGUGAAUGGGUACGAGGACGUAUCCAUCCUCUCAGACCCCAUGACACACAGUGGUUCCCCACCAUGACAUGGGACCCCAAAGCUCAGCCCUGACAGUACUUGGCUGCUGCAAAGACCAAAUGAGAUGGCGUGUGUGUUUGUGUGGGUGCGUGUGCAUGUGUGCAUGUGUGUCUAAGCACUUUGUAAACUGUAAGGAGCUGUACUGAUUGCAGUCUACUUUAUGAAAAAUAUCAACUAAUACGAUUAGUGAAUUAUGAUAGUCAUCUCUGUUUGACAGUCACAAUUUGGGGAUCAGCCGGGUCCCAGCAUUCAGACAAAGGGAAGCCCCACUGCAGAUUUUCAAAAUCAGCCUGGGCCACGGGAUGGGUGGCAGGGAGAGACAGCUCCAGGGAUGCAGGGUGCAGCCAGCAGACCAGAGAAAGCUGCUCAGGGCCUGUGGAAGCCAGGCCCGUCCUUAGGUGUCUGGAAGCCACCUGCUGUUCCUCCUUGACACCUGGACCACAGGUACCCUGUCCAAGCUUAACAGAGGGCUGAAUCCCUGCUGUCACUGGUCUUGGAGAGCUUAAAAACCAAGGGGCAUGUGGCUGAGCCACUCCCCAGGGGCUCCUGGGUCCUGGUUUCCAGCCCCCUUGUGGGACCAGCUCAUCUUCAGCAGCCCCAGCCUGUCCCCCUCCUGCAGUCUACUCUGAAGCCUGCAGGGUCAGAAUCAAGCCACUUCAGUUGCUGCCAGAGCCUGGAGGCCGAGGCCUAUGGGGCAUUAAAAGCUCAGCUCGGU